AUGCGCUACGUAGGAGCCUACAAUGGAAAUAUCGACCGUGUUUCGAGGUACCACAACGCAUGCAGCAGAAGUGAAUCUACCUUAGAACAGGAGGCGUGCAGUAGCGACCAGUCGAAAGGUUCAGGAGAACCGAAGGGUGGUGACCGUCAGUUCAUCUGGCGCACGACCGAGAAUCGCUUUAUCGACUUUUGUUUUUCGCCGGAGGAGGAAGCACGGCUAAAAUUGUGUCACGAACGGAUAAUCGCUUCUUCCUGGAGUUCAUUGACAGCGAAGGAGGUAGCCGACUGCCUGCUUACUCAAAGAGAACGAGAGAAAGUUUUGCAACUUUCGUUGUUGCAGCGAGUUCGUAAUUUCUGGAGUUACGUUUUGUCACCAAGGGGGCUGGAAGAGAGUGGGCGUCGACUUUUCCGCACAAUUCUUCCGCGUUACGAAGAUACAGUGCUUACUGCGAAGUGCUUUGGAAUAGGGGAGACAGAUUUCAACAGUCGAAUCUACUUUUUGCUUGUACACCUGUGGUCUCUUCACUGCGCCCUCCAGAAAGCUGGUUUGGAAACGCUCAAGAUUAAGUUGUGGGAUGCGCUUUGGGACUUUCUGACAAAUAUCCUCAUUCAAGAGGGGGCAAGUCACACGCAGGAUGUGCCUCCGGAUGACGGUGUUUCGCAUAGCGACUUGCAGGUAAACGAGUUCAAAAUCCCAGCUGUUCUUCGCGAGCAGCAGUUCACUUCUUUAGGAUUUUGCGUUGCUCUGGACGAGGCAUUUGAAGAUGAGGAUGCUUUUCCGGCAGGGCAGUUGGCCCAUCGACUUUGGGUGACGGUUUAUGACGCCAAGGAGAAGAGGCGCGAUUGCCCGGAGCUAAUUGCGCUCACCACCUACUCCUUGAGGGCGAGGGAGCGAACUCUCUCGAGCGAGAACUCCCUUGAAGCGAAGGGCCCCAAGGCCGCGGCGUGGGCGUGGCGGACGGCAGGCCGGGGAGCUGCGAUUGAAGAACCUGUUCCUCGAUUUCUUCUGCACUUUUAUACUCGAAGGUUGUGCCUCCAGCUUGCAGAACCCGAUAAAAACUCCACAGGACCCGUAGAGAGUAGAAGACUUGCAGUGAUGAUCCCUACUACCCCACCAGCUGUGUAUGCUGCACCGGAGACAUUGGGAUCAAAGAGGACAUACGUGGAGAAUGCCAGGAGAAAGACCGCCCAGAUGGUCACAGAUGUUCCGAGAGAACAACAACAAAAUUGCUUAUACGUAGUUGAGGUUUUGGCUUUCCUAGGGAGCAAAGGCUGGCUCUCCCUCGCGGAAGCCUCGCUGGCCUUCAACUCGGGAGACUGA